AUGAAUGCACUAGCAGCCACCAAUAGAAACUUUAGGUUGGCUUCAAGGCUUUUGGGUUUGGACUCAAAGAUUGAGAAAAGUUUGUUGAUUCCAUUCAGAGAAAUUAAGGUUGAGUGUAGCAUUCCAAAAGAUGAUGGAACUUUGGCUACUUUUGUUGGAUUUAGGGUUCAACAUGAUAAUUCUAGAGGUCCAAUGAAAGGAGGGAUAAGAUAUCAUCCUGAGGUUGAACAAGAUGAAGUGAAUGCAUUAGCACAACUAAUGACAUGGAAAACAUCAGUUGCAAAUCUACCGUAUGGGGGUGCAAAAGGAGGAAUAGGGUGUGAUCCUUCUGAGUUGAGUGUCUCUGAGUUAGAAAGACUUACUAGGGUUUUUACUCAGAAAAUUCAUGAUCUUAUUGGUGUUCAUACUGAUGUUCCUGCACCUGACAUGGGAACUGGACCACAGACAAUGGCAUGGAUAUUAGAUGAGUAUUCAAAAUUUCAUGGUCAUUCUCCUGCAGUAGUUACUGGAAAACCUAUAGAUCUUGGUGGAUCUCUAGGAAGAGAUGCAGCUACAGGAAGAGGUGUCUUGUUCGCAACAGAGGCUUUGCUUAAUGAAUAUGGAUUGAAUGUAUCUGGUCAACGGUUUAUCAUACAGGGUUUUGGAAAUGUAGGAUCAUGGGCUGCACAAUUAAUAAAUGAGAAGGGUGGAAAAAUUGUUGCUGUGAGUGACAUAACUGGAGCUAUAAAGAAUAGCAAUGGUCUUGACAUUCCAAGUCUACUUAAGUAUUCAAAAGAGAACAAAGGAAUUAAAGGAUUUCAUGGUGGCGAUUCAAUUGAUCCCAAAUCAAUUUUGGUUCAAGAUUGUGAUGUUCUUGUUCCUGCAGCUCUUGGAGGAGUCAUCAACAGGGAAAAUGCAAAUGAGAUUAAAGCUAAAUUUAUUGUGGAAGCAGCAAAUCACCCAACAGAUCCAGAAGCUGAUGAGAUCUUAAAAAAGAAAGGUGUUGUGAUCCUUCCGGAUAUUUUAGCGAAUUCAGGAGGAGUUACCGUUAGUUACUUUGAGUGGGUACAGAACAUACAAGGGUUCAUGUGGGAAGAAGAAAAGGUGAACAAUGAGUUGAAGAGAUACAUGACAAAAGGUUUCAAAGAUGUGAAAGAAAUGUGCAAAACACAUAAUUGUGACCUUCGUAUGGGAGCAUUUACCCUAGCAGUUAACCGUGUAGCAAGGGCCACUGUCCUUAGAGGUUGGGAAGCUUAA